UACUGUAACUGCAAUGGCAUGGUGGAAGGCCUGGAGUGAAGAAGAGGGCAGGUCUGUGACAGGUGCUUUAAACUUUGACCCUGCACCUGAUGCUCAGACUCUGUACAAGGCCAUGAAAGGGCUUGGGACUGAUGAACAAGCUAUAAUUGACGUCCUAACCAAGAGGAGCAAUAUACAGCGUCAACACAUUGCCAAAUCCUUCAAAGCACAGUUUGGAAAGGACCUGAUUGACAGCCUGAAGUCUGAACUGAGUGGCAGCUUUGAGAGGCUCAUCGUAGCUCUCAUGUACCCCCCAUUUAAGUAUGAUGCCAAGGAGCUCUAUGAUGCCAUGAAGGGUGUGGGAACAAGUGAAGAUGUUAUUAUAGAGAUCCUGGCAUCCCGGACGAAAGCACAGAUCAAGGAGAUAAUAAAGGCGUACAAAGAAGAAUAUGGUUCUGAUCUGGAAGAAGACAUAAAAUCAGAAACCAGUGGCUACUUUGAACAGAUGCUGGUUUGCCUUCUUCAGGGUGAGAGGGACAAUGCUACUCUCUAUGUGGACACAGCACGGGCUCUUCAGGAUGCAGAGAUUCUGUAUGCUGCUGGGGAGAAGAUACGAGGCACUGACGAGGUACAGUUCAUCACCAUCUUGUGCACAAGGAGUGCCACACACUUGCUGAAAGUGUUUGAAGAAUACCAGAAACUGGCUGGUAAGAGCAUAGAAGACUCCAUCAAGAGUGAAACUCAUGGCUCACUUGAGGAUGCCAUGCUGGCCAUUGUGAAAUGCACCAGGAGCGUCCAUUGCUACUUUGCAGAGAGGCUGUACUAUGCUUUAAAGGGCGUUGGCACUCAUGAUGGGACUCUUAUAAGGGUGAUUGUUUCUCGAAGUGAGGUUGACUUAAAUCUUAUAAAGGCUGAAUUCAAACAUAUUGCAGGAAAGUCUCUCUCCAGUAUGAUUAUGGAUGACACCAGUGGCGAUUACAAGACAGCCUUGCUGAAUCUCUGUGGCAGUGACUGA